UAAGGACGCUUCAUAUGACUCGAUCUGACACUCUUCUGCUGGGAUUGGACUCUUCUAGAGACUGGAUUUUGGAGAAAUGAUGCUGAUCUUUGGACUGAUGCUGCUGCUGCAAACUGCUGCAUGUCUGGAGGUAAACUGCAGUUUUGAUCAAUCUGAUCCCUGUUACGCAGCUCUGGGACACAAACUCAAUCUGCUGAUGGAGCGGGACGCUAGUAAAUAUGACCUGCAGUUAAAAAAGAGAAUAAACGACAACACAGCAGAUGAUCCAGUUUGUAGAGUAAAGAAUGACAUUAUGAGCAUGAGUGAAUGUGAUCUUUAUAAAAGCAGACCUGAAGUGACAGUCAUUAAUGGGACUGUGAUAAUAAAGCGUGUGAUCAGAGCAGAUUCUGGGAAUUACACAUUAAUUCUCUCUCACUCAGACGGCACAGAAACAUCUAGAGAUCUUCAAGUGAUUGUUGAAGGUCCUUCAGUUGCUCUGAUCGUUCUGGGAUGUUUUGCUGUAAUUCUUAUUAUUCUGGUUGCCAUUGCAUAUUACAUUUACAAGAAGAGGAAUCGACUCAAAACAACAGCAGAUACAGAAUACACCUCGACGGACGCUCAGACAAACAGGAAUGAGAAGAACGAGCAAGAGCUUCAUUAUGAAGAGAUUAUGUUCAGCAGCUCAAACAUUAAACAGCAGCCGCGUAAAACACAAGAGGAAUGUGUGUACGCUCAGGUACAGAUGCACUAGUGUCAAAACCAACACAGAAACACAAACAGUCAGUGGACUAGUGUGAGUUCACACUUAACUGUCGUGAAGACACAACAGGCCAUUUCUUUGGCUUCUUAUGAUGAAAUGCUGGGUUUAUUGCACAUUUAUUUCCUGUGUGGUAACAGAAAAACAGUGUCUGAUGCAGAACAGACAUUUGAAAGAACAGACACUGGCCGACUGGAGGAAUACUGUACAUGACCGCUGUGGGCAACUUGUGCAGUAUUUAACGUCUUUCUGUCACAUACUACAAAAUUAAAAUACACUUUUGUUUUCAGUCCCCUUGUGCUGUCUUUUCCUCCACUUUGUCGCCUCCUAGUGAACAACAAAACAACAAAGAUCCAUUUUUUACAGACUGAUGACGUGUUUCCAUAUAUUAACAUUGUAAAUCAAGUUUUAAGUUUAUUUAUUUUUAAAUAAAUGUACAGGAGACGUAUUUUAUCUGUGAUUUAUUCUAUGUGCUUUGUGGUGUUAUCUGCUACCGUUCUCACAGAGGUGAUUGGUUCACCUGUUGCUGAUUGGCUGCCCAGUCUCCUCAGCUCCACUGAUUGGCUGCAGUCAGGAGAAAGCCAGCAUAUAAAGCCAGCAUAGCCUCAUAAUAAGCUGAGAGGGUUGCAGAUUACUGUAUAUCUCGCAGCAUGGACUUCUUUUUGCUUGAUCCAGAUAAUGCAACGGUUUUCUGUUAUAGAUAUGUGCUAACAAUUGGUGAUAUUGUGAAUGUAGCUGAACACAUAUUUUUGUUAAGAAAUUAAGAUUUUCUUUAAAGGAAACCUGUAGGGAGGUGGGUGCCUUUUUGUUUGAAAUUGCUUUUCUCCUGGUUAUGUGACAAAAUUUACAAUAACAGUAAAACAAAAAGCAGAGGUAGACGGCUGGCCAAACACAGCUUUGAUGUCAUUAACAUUUGUCAAUUAAUAUUUUAUAAUGGGGAAUUUAAUUUUAACUCUGCUUUUUAAGUGCAGAUUUCUUUAAUAUUGAGGUUUCAAGGGAGGCUACCAAGCAAGUUAUUAAAGAUAACUUGCGGUAAAAAGGUAUUUUACCAGAUUAUGUCGGUAGUAGUAAGUAUACUGCACCUCCUGUCAUAAUUUGAUGACUUUGACCUUUUGACCCUGCCCCCUCCCCACGCGGACCACCCACAUAGCUUUGAACUUUUGACGGUCACAGUUCUCGUUACGACGUGUUUGUCAUCAGCUGUGAAAUGACUUAAUAUUUAGAAAACAUCCGGCAGCUGUGAUAUGACCUGUUUUGUAAUAUCAUGUCAUUACGGAUUAACCUUAUGACAAGUGUUAUAACAUCUGUUUGUAAUAUAAACACCACUGUUUUAAAUUGAUCUCUAGUUCAUUCUAGGCAGUGAAGUAGUGUGUUUAUUUGGCAGUUUUGUGUAUCAUUUGCGACCAAAGUUUGAAUCUGCCAAAAGAGAACAUGUUUUUGACUAAACCAUUCGAUUUUGACCUGGAAGUUUGAAGUUUGCACAAGUUGGUGUGUAGUUUUGAGAUGGUUUAUAGUUGUGAGAAAAUGGGGAAUUGUUUCAUGAAUUGUGCGUUAGCAAUCGAUACAAACUGUAAUGCAUUUUUAAUGCCACAGAACAUUGUACAAGUCAUCAACAAUCAAAAAGCAUACAAUACCACACGUUACAUACUCAGCACUUCACUGCACUCAAACACACACGCAAACAACA